GUGAACUCCCGGCAAAGCAUGACAACCGUGUGCUUUUGAGCUAAAUAGCUGCGUAAUUCCGAAAACACUGAUUUUUAAUUUUCUCAAGAUACAACUUUGAAAGGACCAACGCCAAAAUGAGUUUACUGGCCAAAAUAGCCGAAAUCGAGAACGAGAUGGCUCGGACUCAGAAGAAUAAGGCCACCGCUCAUCAUCUGGGGCUCCUGAAGGCCAGAUUAGCCAAACUGAGGAGAGAACUCAUCACCCCUAAAGGAGGCAGUGGAGGAGGCACUGGAGAGGGUUUUGAUGUGGCUAAAACCGGUGAUGCCCGAAUAGGUUUUGUGGGCUUCCCAUCAGUAGGCAAAUCCACUCUUCUGAGUAACUUGGCUGGUGUGUAUUCUGAAGUGGCUGCCUAUGAAUUCACAACACUGACAACUGUACCAGGAGUGAUCCGUUACAAAGGAGCGAAAAUCCAGCUUCUGGAUCUCCCAGGUAUCAUUGAGGGGGCAAAAGACGGCAAAGGAAGAGGACGACAAGUCAUUGCUGUUGCUCGCACUUGUAACCUGAUUCUGAUUGUCUUGGAUGUACUGAAGCCCCUCGGACACAAGAAGCUUAUUGAACACGAGUUGGAAGGUUUUGGUAUUCGGCUCAACAAGCAACCACCAAAUAUUGGCUUCAAGAAGAAAGACAAGGGCGGAAUCAACUUCACUGCCACUUGUGCCCAAAGUGAGCUGGACGGUGACACUGUCAAAAGCAUCCUUUCCGAGUAUAAGAUCCACAAUGCAGAUAUUACCCUACGCAGCGACGCUACAGCCGAUGACCUUAUUGACGUGGUGGAGGGAAACCGGGUUUACAUUCCCUGCAUCUAUGUCCUCAACAAAAUCGACCAAAUCUCCAUCGAGGAGCUGGACGUUAUCUACAAAAUCCCUCACUGCGUGCCCAUCUCCGCUCACCACCGCUGGAACUUUGAUGACCUGUUGGAAAAGAUCUGGGAUUACCUGCAACUAGUGCGCAUCUACACAAAGCCGAAGGGACAGCUUCCUGAUUACACAGCACCUGUCGUUCUUCCAGACGGAAGGACCGCUGUCGAGGACUUCUGCCUAAAGAUUCACAAAAACCUCAUCAAAGAAUUCAAAUAUGCGCUGGUGUGGGGCUCGUCGGUCAAGCACAACCCGCAGAAAGUCGGCAAAGACCACGUGAUGGAAGAUGAGGAUGUAAUCCAGCUGGUCAAGAAAUAAAAGGACUCCGAUGCCUUGCAUGAUCAGUACACUUCUCAUUAGAAGUGAUAAGACAUUCAUAAAUGCCCCAGAGGUUUCCCAUGGCACCAUUUUGCUGUUUCUCCAUUUGUAUUUUUGGACUUGGAAAAAGUAUGAUUGUUAAUCCAUGCAAAUGCAUCCAGCAGAUUAAAUAAUGUGUCUCCUUAUGGUUGGAUAUGCAUCACAAAUGGCUUGAAUGCAGUUACAGAAUAAUUGCAUCUGCAAAACCAAUAAAAGACUGUAAUACAUGAUGCAAAA